AUGGCCCCUGAACCAAGAGCUGACAGCGGCGCAAGCGCCGAGAACAACACUGCUGGGAAGUUUUGGGAGUCUCUCGAAGCCAUCCAAGACAUCACCAACAGGGCCGCGGAAAAGGCCCUGGACAAGAUCGCAGACCGCAUUGCCGACGAGGUGGCCGGGGAGGUGCCCCGCGAGUUCAUCACUGAAGUCGCCGACGCGGUGAGGGAGACGCUCGGGCUCUGCUUCGCCAGCUUUGGCGCAGACAAAACAAUUCCUGCUACGGCAGUCGAAAUUUCAGACGAUUCUGCAGACGAAGCCGGAGACGAAGCUGCAGACGAAGAAGAGGAAGAAGAAGAGAACAAAGCAGAGGACGAAGCAGAGGACGAAGUUGCAGACAGAGCUUCAGACGAAGCCGCUGGUGUAGCAGCCAGCGAAAUCAACAACAACAACAACCCCGAGCACAGCUCCAAGACCUCGCCCGAAGAGAACGGCAGUCACCCCGCUUCUCCUCGCCAGACUACACCUCCCGAGGCUGCGCCGGCCCAGACCAGACUCAAGCGCCAGAGCCCCGACCGCGAAGAGGAAGAGCCAGAGUACCCCAACAAGAGGGCCAAAGCCAUGAGCGACCCGGAGACCCGCCGCCGCAACCCCAAGCGAAAAGCGACCGAGACGCGGGAGCCCAGCCGAGAGAUCGUGCUGCCCGAGAACCCCUUGGAGGAGGCAUUGCGUCCUCUUACGGACGAUGAGAAGGCCGAAUGGGAAGGCUGGGCCGAGGUAGAGUCGGAGCCGGCCAUGUUUAAUAUAAUUCUCGCCAAGCUGGGAGUUCCAAAUGUUAGGGCCAAAGAGCUCUUCACUUGCGAGAAUUGGGACUUAAGUUAUCUGCCGCAGCCCGUACUCGGCCUUGUGUUUCUGUUUAAAUACGCGCCGGACCUAGAGGAUGACAGCGACGGUGACGACAAGGACGGCAAGGAUCUCGGCGGGGUCUGGUUUGCCAACCAGACAACCGCAAACUCCUGCGCCUCUGUUGCGCUGCUCAACAUCAUCAUGAACGCCGAGAACAUCAACCUCGGCACCGAGCUCCAGAACUUCAAGGCGUCCACUCAGGGACUCGAGUCUGCCCUCCGCGGUCAUCGGAUAGGAUCCAAUGACUUCAUCAGAACGGCCCACAACUCCUUCGUCCGGCGCAUCGAGCAGCUCAACGCCGACUUAUUCCUCGCCAACGAGGCGGACACGGCGGCCAAGGCCAAGGCCAGAGCCCCGCGGAAGCGCACCGUCAAGGCCGACAAGCAGGAGCAGGCCGACGUGGAAUACGGAUACCACUUCAUCGCAUACCUCCAUGCUGCCGGACACGUCUGGGAGCUGGAUGGUAUGCGACCGAAGCCUCGCGACCUCGGAACCUGUGAUGCAGACAUGUGGACGCAUGUCGCCGGCCCGCGUAUCGAGGAGCGGAUGGAGCAGUAUGGCGCGAACCAAAUCGCCUUCAACCUCCUCGCCAUCUGCCAGACCCCCGUGGCGGAAGCCCGCACCUCCCUCGAGUCCGCAUUCGCGGAGAUGAAGUACCUCGCCACCCAGAUGAAUGACGACGGCGCGUUUCUCACGCGCGCGUCCAAGGUGGACGAGAAGCACGGCUUUGCCACCGGAAUUGACGUCUCCGAAUUCGAGCUGAGCGAUCCAGACGUCGACCACACCACCCUGUCGGCCGCUCGCAAGGCCCAACUAUGCCCCCCUGGCGUCGACGUCGACACGGCCCUCAAGACGUACGAUGAUCUCGUCGGCGCCCUCAGCAGUGCCAUGUUCACGUACCGCCAGGAGUGUAGCGACCGCGUGGAGGAGAUGAAGGUCGUCGAGGAGCGCACCAGGGACUACUCCCUGGGCGUCAACUUGUGGCUCACGAAGCUUGCUGAGAAGGGCCUUCUGGAGGGGCUCGUCAAGGAGUCGAGCGAGUAG